GAAGAAGCGCCGCCUGUCGGUUGUUUUGGUUUGUUGUCCUGACAGCAGGUAGCUUCUGUUAGCUUCGGUUAGCUUCAGCGAAACAUGUCAGCUACAGAGGACGACACCGAGCUGAGGGAUCUGCUGAUCCAGAACCUGGAGAACAGCGGAGUGCUCAACAAGCUCAAGGCGGAGAUGAGGGCUGCCGUGUUCCUCGCCAUGGAGGAGCAGGACAGACUGGAGAACAAAACUCCUCUGAUCAACGAAAACCUGAAGAAGAGUCUCAACACCAAAGACGGCCGCCUGGGGGCCAGUCUGAUCCUGGACUUCCUGCAGGUCUUUAACCUGGACUUCACCCUUGCUGUGUUCCAGCCGGAGAUCAGCUCGUUGUGGUGUUUGCAGCUGAACGGUCUGGACAGCCGGGACCUGGUCUGCAGAGAACUGGACCUGUCAGAGUCCGAGGUGAACAGGAACUCUCCUCUGCUGCUGGAGCUCGUCAGGAGACGACGACACAAACCCACCGAGGGAGACGGAAGCGUUUACAUCUCCAAGGAACCGUCUCAGAAACAGAUCGCGCACGCUCGGAAGAAAUUUGACUUUUACGACAAGGACGGGAGCGGCUCAGUGGCGACGGAAGAUCUGAAGAGCGUUUUCACAGAUCUGAUCCCCGGUUUGAACAGGAACAUGUUGGAGAGGUUCGUCGCCGACGAGCUGAGAGCUGCAGACAGGAGCUUCUCCAAGACGACAGACUUCCAGGUGUUUCUGGGACUUUACAAGCGUCUCUUCGCCCAGUGCACGAGCGUGGUUGUUCAGGACUCUGAUGUCGGUCCAGCUCAGAGUCACUUCCCCGAGGAGAAAACCAGCUCCCCGCCUGCCAGUAAGAUCCCCAGGUAUAAAGGGCAGAAUCCCAGAGGACAGAGUCAGACGGCAGCCAAGGACUCGGAGGUUGCGACGUCUCCGAGUAAAGGAGACCUCCAGCUGCAGGGCUCCAGACGCAGCGAGGCGUCCGACAACAGGGCCUCCUCCUCCGGCCUGAAGAGGGAGCGUCUGGACCAGGACCUGGAGGUGGAGGACGAUCUCGACGACGGAGAUUCGUUCUUCGACGACCCGCUGCCCAAACCACAGAAGACCUACGGCUGUUCUCCGCUUGGAGAAAAGGACUCAUCAGAGAGGACAAACAGUCAGAAAGAUGUUGUCCCUCUGAGGGAGGAGUGUCUCUUUGGGCCGGUCGUGUCCCCCAUGAGGCGAGGCAAAAGCCUCAACGACUUGUCUGUCCUGGCUGCUGACUCAGAGGACGAGCGAGAUGAUCGUCUCUCUGAACACAGUCUGACCUCUGAGCUCAGGAAGGUGGAGGCGUCCGGGGCCAGAGGGAGUCCAGCGGGGUCCCUGUCAGAGGCGCCGAGACCAGGAGGAGGAGGAGGAGGAGGAGGAGGAGGACGAGGAAGCAGCAUGUCAGAGCAGAGCCACAGCAGGAACGGAGCGUCGAGCUCCAGAGAGAGGGGCUUCAGAGACUCCAAGGCCCUGAAUGAUAAAACUGGAUCUCUGCAUUUAGAUGACGAUGUUGAAUAUGACGAUGACUUUAACAGUCAUCGGUCAGAUCUCUCCAAGAGCGAGCUCAGUAUCGGCGAGGAGAUCGAGGAAGUUUCCAUCGAGGGACCUGACAACAGCGACAAGUUUGACGAAACCACUCAGGACCUGAGUGUGUCUCAGCUCAGUCAGAGUCACGGAGUCGACUACAUGGAGGAGGUGGCCUGACCUUCCCGUCAGCCAACCCUCUUGGCUUUCCCAUCAUGCAUCUGUUUGUAUCGCCGAUAUUUAAGUCUGUACAGUUUCAAUGAGAAAAUAAAUCGAUUUGUUUUGA